CUUUGUACGUAUAAAGACUGCUAAAGCUUUGUAGAACAAGUCUCUGCCUCAUUAAGACACCACUCCGUCAAGGAAUCCAGACCAGCUAUGGAAAGCUGAAGUACAAAACAGACUGGGCGGCAGCUGGGCAUUGAACAUUGAGAAGUGGACCAGAGAAGAAGAGAAAGCAAAAUGGCUUCUGUUGGUCUCCAGAUGAUGGGCUACUUCAUGGCCGUGUUGGGUUUGAUUGGCGCAGUCAUCGCAACGCUCCUUCCUGACUGGAAGGUCAGCUCCUACAUCGGCGCCAGCAUUGUGACGGCCGUGGGUUUUAAUAAAGGACUGUGGAUGGAGUGCGCCGUCUUUAGCACCGGUAUCACCCAGUGUGACAUAUAUAACUCCAUGUUGGGUCUUCCACCAGAAACCCAAGCCGCCCAAGCCCUCAUGAUAACCUCUUGCGUGGUAUCAUGCUUGUCCACCCUCCUCACCGUCUUUGGCAUGAAAUGCACUAUCUUCAACCAAGGGAGCCCCGGCAAGGAUAAACUGGCAGUGACCGGCGGCGUCAUGUUCAUCCUGGGUGGGGUCAUCUGCAUGGUGCCCAUCUGCUGGAACCUGCACACGAUCCUCCAAGACUUUUACAACCCGUUGCUCCCCGACGCGCAGAGGUACGAGAUCGGAUCGGCCCUGUAUCUCGGCAUCGUGUCUUCCUUACUCUCCGUGGUGGGCGGCGCCAUUCUUUGCACCUCUUGUCCCCCCAGGGAGCCGGACCGGGGCUUUUACAACAAAUACCAGAGCAGGACUUUGGCGGCCAGCAAGGCGCAGAACUCCAAGAAAGAGAACAGCGGGUACAGCCUCACAGGUUACGUAUAAGUCGAUCGGAAGCCUUUAGACGUACUCUACUCCAGCUUGAUAGAUCAGUAGUUGAUUUCCUACUCCACAUACUGUCGCGCCAGUAGACUUAAGAGACUGCUAAUCCUAUUAAUUAAUACUGCU